AUGGCGGACGAUGCCAAACUGGAGGUUGAAGCUGCAAGAGCACAGUUUACGGUAAUUUUGAUCUCCUUGUGGCCAUAAAAACACGUCAAGAGUUAGAGAAAACCGUCGUUAUUCUUUACUUUUUCUAGUCAUGCGUGAACAAUGCCAAAGAUGCCAACGAUGUAUCGGAUUUAACCGCUGUUUUCCAAAGCACUCCUGGCAGGUACAAAUAGCUUGAUGAUCAUGUUCUUCUCGGUGGAUAAACGUUGAACGCGCUGUAGUUUUGAUUUACUUGUCAGUUUAAAGAUAAUUUAUUAAUUCUUCUUGUAUCAUGUAGCGAACAAGAGAAAAAAUUGGUUGUGGAUCAGGUUUUCAGAGAUCUUGUAAAAGAAACAAUGGUGAGUGGAGUAACAGCACUAUAAUGAGUUAAGCUUAACGAUAAGCUUACUCAAUUUUUUAUAGCGCAGUGUUUUAAGGCUACGGAGAGAUUGUAUCGUAAUUUGUUACAACUUUGGUGAAAUUUGUAUCAUGUCUGCGGCAAACGUUAAACAAAUGUUUAAGUUUAUGUGUAGUUAUAAACGCACCAACAGAAUAAUUAUUGUUUUAACUAUUGUCAACUCCAGUGUGUACUAGCAAGUUUUUGAAACCAGAGGUAGGUUUAUGUCAAAUCUAAAUUAUUAAUAUUUUUUAUGUCAGAGAAUUCCAGUUUACUAUUUUGUUUUCAGCUGAAAGGAAAGAAUAUAGAAAGAUGCAAACUGUUGAUUGGUCUGGUCAUCAAAGCUGCAGUUGAAGGUGGGUGCUGUAUUUUAAGUCGAAAGACAAAAUUGUAUGACACUAAGUUCUGUCACUAACUAGUGAUAACUGAAACAAAAUAUGAGUUUAUUUACAUCGUAAACUUAGUAGAAAUACAUGUAGGACUUUAGAGUAUGAGUUAGCUACUUUGGAAUGCCAAAUUCCUAAACGCAAGAUUUUGGAAUACCAAUAUCCUGAAAUUUUAUUUAGGUUUUUGGCAUGCCAAAUCUUGGAUUCAGGUUUUGAUGCAAUCCUAUGGUGUGAUCAUCGAAUUGAAACCUUUUUAGCAGAACUUUUACUUUGUACCAUUUCUUUUUCAGUAUAUUUUUACAAAACAAAACUUGGAAUAGUCCAGUUUCGAAUUAAAUAUUUUACUGCUGAAUAUAAAUAUUAACAACACUUUCAUACAGGGUUAGCCUCGAGAUAAAGUAAAAUAUUCAGAAAUUCUGGCAAGAUUUGCGUAUACCAGAAACUCAUAAGGGGUUGAAACGUGUAACUCGCAUUCAAUGCUCGUGAAUAUUCAUUUUGACCAUAUUUGAAAACCUUAGUGACGAUAUCCAUUUUCAACGAAAUGGCUGCUGCACGAUCACGACGCAGAUGUUUUAACAUGUUUUAAGACAAGAGUUCUGCAUUUCAGGGUUAAAAAUACACCGUUAAAAAACAAAAAAUGGAAACAGAAAGUUCAAAAGAAUGCUCAGCUUUCUUUUUGUGGAGUAAGGGAAGCUUUUCAUCAAGAAAUCGUCCUUCGAGAAAUUCAACCUUGUUUUCUUCACGACGGAACGCAUGGUCUGUUUUGAAAUGCAACCAAGGCAGUGAAGUUUUUGCUGAAUUUCCAGGUACAUUUUGCACUCUGUGGCCAAGACAAUUACAUUUUUGAAAGGGAACUUUCGUAUUUUUAAAUGUUUCAUAGACGUUUUAUAAAUUGUUCUCUUCGGAGCUAAAGAAAAAUUACAAAAUGUCCCCGAUUUGAGAUGGAUUUUGUGUUGAAUUUUGCCAUGUGCUCAGCCGAUUUCACUUGCAUGAACGGAUCCACGAUCCAGAUAGUGUUUUGCGAAUUGCUUUAAAGGAUUAACUUUUUGGGUUUUGAAUAAAAAUUUUCAAGAAAUGGCUUCUCUGUCUAUCGUUUUGAGUUUGUUGAUUCGUAAAAUUAGCUCAAAACACGAUCGUGACUACAACAUCCAAGCUGAAUUUAAGCUUAAAUGCUUCUCACAUUCAUUACAUGCAUCUCUUUUUGCGAAGGUGUCAGGUUCAGGUUUUGGACACUCGAAAAUAUUUUUACUGUUUAUUGUAGACUUUUAAUAUAAAAACCUAUUUGCAGUAUAAGUUUACUGUGCAGAGGGUCAAUGAGGCAUCGUUUUUUGAAGUGACAACUUCAAGAAGUUGCGAGGACGUCAAUGGGUUUCAGAAUGUUACGUUUGGUCCGGGUGGUAAGGCAACAAUAUCCUGCUCAGUAUUUCGGUACGAUUCCUGGUUUCAACCUUUGAAAGCUUUCUCGGCUUUUGGGAGUUUUUCCCCCAUUUGUCGGCCAUUUUUUUAAGCGGGCGCGGGAACCUGAAGUAAAAUUACGUCACGUUGUUUAAGAAGUUUGGUUGGUCAGUUAUCUUUUUUUCUUGUUCCAAAUAUGGUACUUUCGAAACUGAAUAAUCACAAGCAUCGGACAAAGCAACCAUAUGAGAGUUACACGUCUCAACCCCUUAUGAGUUUCUGCGUAUACACAAUAGCCAGAGUAAUAAACAGAUCUUUUUCUCGUUGGAAUUUGUGAAUAUAUUACUUCAGAUGGAUGCUAAGCUGUAAAAAAGGCACCUUCACUUUUUUAAUUCAGCAUUCGUAGUGAACUUGAAACUGGACUUUUUUUCCAAAUUUCAUUUGGGAGUAAAAGGGGUAACUUGUAGCUAACAGUAAGAUUAAUGAGCAACAGACAAGGAAGUGAGCUGGAAGCAGCAUAUUUCACAUUAGUAGCAAAACAAGUUGUUAUCUCAUCAGUCAUUACAUUUUCACAACAGGCAUUAAUUAAUUUGCCAACAGUAAGCUGGCAAAUGACCAAUCUAUGACUGAUUCAUGUAUAUGUAUAUGGCGAAUACAGAGCUAUUCUCUCAAUCUUUUAUACAGUACCGCUCAAAAGUAAGUUGACAGUCACUCGCGUCUCGAGACUUGAUUGUCGAUUCUCGAAAAUUUGGAGGAUCGAGUCUCGCAUCUAGAGGAUCGAGUCUCGAGUUUCAAUGAUGGAGGAUCGAGGAUUUGAAAAAGUCGCUUUUUGUUACAAAUAAAGUUUUCCAUGAAAUCAUUGUGUGACUACGUGUAGAUUUGCAUAUUUACAUACAGUAACGGCAUGACAAGCCACAGUAUCGACUGAAACGCGCACGUGAAAAUUUCGCUUUCUAGAACAAACGGAGUUUCUCAUGACUUUAACAACAUUAUUUACAUACGCCAAACGCGCGACAAGCCACGGAAUCGCCGAGUUUUGAAAUAAAAUUAUCGACUGAAAGGCUACAUGUCCUAAGCCGCCUUUCCACGAAAGGACACGCGAAAGAAGUUGAAGCUUGACAAACAAGCAAAUUUAACAACUCAAAUGUCGUAAUCUUCAUCAAGAUAAUACCACAACAAGCUUAAUUUACAGAAUGAAUUGCCGAGCGGCACCGUUCAUCUGUAAAAAUCUCGGAACAUGGGGAGCAAAGGGUACAUACACUACACAUGCAGGAUAAAUCUUCGAAAAUGAAAAUAUCGAUUCACACUUAUUGAAAGCUUGCCGAACCCCGACAAUUCAAACAGUUACAGAACACGGCACCGCAAGCACUGAUCGACGGUGCGAAUAUCUGAACGGCUAUGUGACUGUAUAACAUCGUUCUUUCGGAAAACCUAGCUUCUUGGAUCGUCGAUCCUCGAUCAUCGAAACUCGAGAGUCGAUCCUCGCCUCUAGAGACUCGAUCCUCACAUCUCGAAACUCAAAGCAAAUCAAUCCUGCUCAUCAAAUUUUUUUGGGCUGGUUGAAAUGACUUUCAGGCUAGUACAUGAUAGCCACAGCUUGCCAUUAAUUAUUUUGGGCAAGCUGUAAAAUUGACUUUCUUUGCACCCUGGAAAUUUAUACAUUGUUGACCCUUCGUACUUACCUUUCCAGGUCACUGCUCACCCAACUUAGUAUUUAUAUUGCUAAGUGAUGUGUUUGACUGCAUUACUCUGGAGGAGUGUGAUCCAUUGUUCUCCUUUGUAGAAGAGAGAGUUUCUACCUGGACCAUGGUGAGUCAUUAUCUGACGCAAGUGAAAUGCUAUCAUGCCAUUACACUUUGCUUAUUGGACACCAGAGGCCAACAUGUGUUAUAGGGUUUUUCUUAAUAAUAUUAUUAUUUUGGUCCUUUGAGCUUAAUCAUAGCAUUAUAUAACAGUGCAAUACAGCUGAACUCCAUUGACAACUUUUUCAGUCAUUCAAACCAGUAUUUUUUGGGUUGUAUCCUAUAAUUUUGGUGUUAGAAAACUCACAUCACCUCCCAGCGGCGUGCCAAGGUCCUCCUACAGCUGUAUUUGACUGCUUUAAUCUCUCUUUGUUAUUUGUCGCAAAUGUUGUGACAGUUUAUAUGUGUAUUUUGUUAUUUUACAGUUGAAAUAGGACUGUAUUCAUUCAUUCAUUCAUCUUUAUUGGUUAAUCCAAAUUUACAAUUUUAUUUUCUCACUGCUCACAAAUAGCAAGGGCUAGUCUAGGUGGUUAGUGUCUACAUCAUAUACAAAACAACAAAAUACGCACUCCAAAUUGUAUUCAAUUCACUAGUAAACAAAAGUAAUAUUUAUAUAAAUGAACAACUAAAGAGCAUUACCACCAACAUGGCUAUCAUCAUUGCAAAUUUAGCAUGGUGAAAUAGUCAUGCUGGAACAGUAAUAGUAGAACAGUGAUGGUGGAACAGUAAUGGUGGAACAGUACUGGUGGAACACUAAUAAUGGAACAGUCAUGGUGGAAUAGUCAUGGUGUAACAGUCAUGGUGGAAAAGUGACGGUGGAACAGUCAUGGUCAAACAAUGAUGGUGGAAUAUUAAUAAAGGAACAGUAAUGGUGGAACAGUCAUGGUGGAACAGUCAUGAUGGAACAGUGACAGUGGAACAAUCUUGGUGGAACAGUCAUAGUGGAACAGUCAUGGUGGAACGGUCUUGGUGGAACAGUCAUGGUGGAACAGUAAUAGUGGAACAGUCAUGGUGGAACAAUCAAGGUGGAACAGUCAUAGUGGAACAGUCAUGGUGGAACAGUAAUAGUGGAACAGUGACGGUGGAAUAGUAAUGGUGGAACAGUAAUAGUGGAACAGUAACAGUGGAACAGUAAUGGUGGAACAGUCAUGUCUCAACAGGAAUAGUGGAACGGUGACGGUGGAACAGUCAUGGCGGAACAGUGACGGUGGAACAGUCAUGGUGGAACAGUGAUGGUGGAACAGUUAUGGUGGAACAGUGACGGUGGAACACUAAUGGUGGAACAGUCAUGGUGGAACAGUCAUGGUGGAACAGUGACGUUGGGACAGUAAUGGUGGAACACUCAUGGUGGAACAGUAAUAGUGGAACAGUAAUGGUGGAACAAGCAUGCCGCAACAGUAAUAGUGGAACAGUGACGGUGGAACAGUAAUGGUGGAACAGUCAUGGUAGAACAGUCUUUGUGGAACAGUGAGGGUGGCACAGUCAUGGUGGAACAGUAAUGGUGGACCAGUCAUGAUGGAACAGUUAGGGUGGAACAGAAAUGGUGUUACAAUGGAGGGGAACAGUCAUGGUGAAACAGUAAUAGUGGAACAGUCAUGGUGGAACAGUCAUAGUGGAACAGUCAUAGUGGAACAGUCAUGGUGGAACAGUCAUGGUGGAACAGUCAUGGUGGAACAGUCAUGGUAGAACAGUAAUGGUGGAACAGUCAUGGUGGAACAGUCAUGGUGGAACAGUCAUGGUGGAACAGUAAUAGUGGAACAGUCAUGGUGGAACAAUCAAGAUGGAACAGUCAUAGUGGAACAGUCAUGGUGGAACAGUAAUAGUGGAACAGUGACGGUGGAACAGUCAUGAUGGAACAGUAAUAGUGGAACAGUUAUGGUGGAACAGUCAUGGUAAAACAGUAAUAGUGGAACAGUCAUGGUGGAACAAUCAUGGUGGAACAGUCAUGGUGGAACAGUAAUAGUGAAACAGUCAUGGUGGAACAAUAAUAGUGGAACAGUCAUGGUGGAACAAUCAUGGUGGAACAGUCAUGGUGAAACAGUGAUGGUGGAACAGUCUUAGUGGAACAGUCAUGGUGGAACAGUAAUGGUGGAACAGUUAUGGUGGAACAGGCAUGCCGCAACAGUAGUAGUGGAACAGUGACUUUGGAACAGUAUUGGUGGAACAGUAAUAGUGGAACAGUCAUGGUGGAACAGUCAUGGUAAAACAGUAAUAGUGGAACAGUCAUGGUGGAACAAUCAUGGUGGAACAGUCAUGGUGGAACAGUAAUAGUGGAACAGUCAUGGUGGAACAGUUAUAGUGGAACAGUGAUGGUGAAACAGUGAUGGUGGAAUAGUAAUGGUGAAACAGUCAUGGUGGAACAGUCAUGGUGGAACAGUCAUGAUGGAACAGUCAUCGUGGAACAGUAAUAGUGGAACAGUCAUGGUGGAACAAUCAUGGUGGAACAGUCAUGGUGGAACAGUAAUAGUGGAACAGUCAUGGUGGAACAGUUAUGGUGGAACAGUGACGGUGGAACAGUCAUGGUGAAACAGUCAUGGUGGAACAGUCAUGGUGGAACAGUAAUAAUGGAACAGUCAUGGUGGAACAGUAAUAGUGGAACAGUCAUGGUGGAACAGUAAUGGUGGAACAGUCAUGGUGGAACAAUCAUGGUGGAACAGUCAUGGUGAAACAGUGAUGGUGGAACAGUCUUGGUGGAACAGUCAUGGUGGAACAGUAAUGGUGGAACAGUCAUGGUGGAACAAUGAUGCGGUAACAGUAAUAGUGGAACAGUGACGGUGGAACAGUAAUGGUGGAACAGUGAUAGUGGAACAGUAAUGGUGGAAGAGUGAGGGUGGAACAGUCAUGGUGGAACAGUCAUGGUGGAACAGUCAUGGUGGAUUAGUGACGCUGGAACAGUCAUAGUGGAACAGUGACGGUGGAACAAUUAUGCUCUAACAGUCAUGGCGGAACAGUCAUGGUGGAGGAACAAAAGAGUCAUCGUGGAACAGUCAUCGUGGAAUGGUAAUAGUGGAACAGUCAUAGUGGAACAGUCAUAGUGGAACAUUCAUGGUCGAACAGUCUUGGUGGAACAGUCAUGGUGGAACAGUAAUAGUGGAACAGUCAUGGUGGAACAGUAUUAGUGGAAUAGUAAUGGUGAAACUGUCAUAGUGGAACAGUCUUGAUGGAACAAUCAUGGUGGAACAGUAAUAGUGGAACAUUCAUGGUGGAACAUGUACAGUAAGAGUGGAACAGUCAUGGUGGAACAGUGACGGUAGAAGAGUCAUACUGCAACACUUAUGGUAGAACGGUUAUGGUAGAACAAUAAUGGUGAAACGGUUAUUGUGGAACAGUAAUGGUGGAACAGUCAUGGGGGACAGUCAUGGUGGAACAUUAAGAGUACAACAGUGACAGUUGAACAGUCAUGGUGCAACAGUAUUAGUGGAACAAUAAUGGUGAAACAGUCAUAGUGGAACGGUGACGGUGGAACAGUCAUGGUGGAACAGUGACGAUGGAACAGUGGUGAUGGAACAGUCAUGGUGGAACUGUCAUGGUGGAACAGUCAUGGUGGAACAGUCAUCGUUAAACAGUAAUAGUGGAAGUGUGACGGUGGAAUAGUAAUGGUGGAACAGUCAUGCCGCAACAGUAAUAGUGGAAACGUGACAGUGGAACAGUAAUGGUAGAACAGUCAUAGUGGAACAGUCAUGGUGGAACAGUGACGGUGGAACAGUGAUGGUGGAACAGUGAUGGUGGAACAGUCAUGGUGGAACAGUGACGGUGGAACAGUCAUGGUGGAAUAGUGAUGGUGGAACAGUGAUGGUGGAACAGUAAUGGUGGAACAGUCAUGAUGGAAGAGUAAUGGGAGAACAGAAAUAGUGGGACAGGCAUGGUGGAACAGUGACCUUGGAACAGUAAUGGUGGAACACUCAUGGUGGUACAGUAAUAGUGGAACAGUAACAGUGGAACAGUAAUGGUGGAACAGUCAUGUGGUAACAGUAAUAGUGGAACAGUGAUGGUGGAACAGUAAUGGUGAAACAGUCAUAGUGGAACAGUAAUGGUGGAACAGUGAUAGUGGAACAGUCAUGCUGGAACAGUCAUGCUGGAACAGUCAUCGUUGAACAGUAAUAGUGGAACGGUGACGGUGGAACAGUAACGGUGAAACAGUCAUGGUGGAACAGUCAUUGUGGAACAUGGAAGGUGUAACAGUCAUGGUGGAACAGUAAUAGUGGAACAGUAAUGGUGGAACAGUCAUGGUGGAUUAGUGACGGUGGAACAGUCGCAGUGGAACAGUGACGGUGGAACAAUUAUGCUUGAACAGUCAUGGUGGAACAGUCAUGGUGGAGGAACAAAAGAGGCUAACUUCUACAGGAUUUGUUUUGAACACUAAUGUGGCCACCCUUUCAUUGUUUUGUAACACCAAUACAGCUGCUAUGAUGUCAUGCGAAAAUGCUCUAUAGUAUAGUACUGUAGUAAAUUGAAAGAUUAUAUAAACUAUUCUUUUUAAUCUUUUUCAGCCCUUGUUCUUCUCUGCUGGAAAGAACCUUCUUCUCAGAAUUGGCAAUGGUGAGGAUGCUGAUUUUGCUGUAUUUCAGUGGUGUUACUGCUGUUUUUAUUUGCUGUAAUUAAUUGGGUCCAUACAGCAAAUAAAGAAAUAUAUAGUGGAUAUUACAUGGUGGCCACGAGAAAAUAAAAUUCAUGUCUUCAAGCCGCCAUGUAAUGUUCUUUUUAUUAUAUAGACAAAAAGACAGGGAUAACGUAAUAGAUUUUUAUUUGCCAAAAAGAAAGAUGCCUACAAAUACCGAAAUUACGUCAUCGAUAAACUCAUGUGUGAGAUUAUGGAAAAUAAACCACUCAGGUCUCGGAUGUAGUUUUUAUGAAUUUUACGAGUGGGAUAUUUUCCAGUAAAACACUUGUAUCUAUAUAAUAAAAAUGUAAAAACUUUACAUCUGAUAAGAUAUCACAGUAUACAACCAUCGAUGAGAGCCAAUCAAAAUCCAAAGGCAAAAACCUAUUUUUGAAAAUAAUAUAAAAAGCCUUUGGCUAGAGUUAAAAAUACUCUAUACAAUACUUAUAAAAAAUAAAAUGUGCUUACUUUGUACAAUAAAUUGGCUUUGGUAAAAAAUAACCCUGACCCUGUGUUUGAUUUUCAUAGAUUUAUUACGCCGUUUAUCAACGUCACAAAAUACAGUAUUUUGUGGGAGGAUACAGUUGUUUUUGGCAAGGUUGUUUCCUCUUUCCGAAAAGUCAGGUUUGUUUUUAUCUAUUUUAGUGUUUAAUAUUAUUUUGCAAAAGUAAACUAAAGCAAUGGAGGUUGGGACCAAUCUUCAAAGUUAUUUUUAGUUUACAUUAUUGUUGCUUCAUUUACACAUGCUACUGUUUUGAUGUUGAUGUUUUUAGGUCUGAAUUUAAUGAGUCAUUUUAAUUAUGAAAACAUCACCACUUACACUCAAAGAACAGCAACAGAUCUGAAGGUGGGUCAUUUUAUAUCUUUCACUCCUAUUAUUAGUACAUGUGCUGAGAUUGCCAAGUGGGUCAUACUUUAUUGUACGGCCUGUACAUUUUCAUCAAACAAAAUUAAUACGGCAGAUUUACAUGAUAUGUUUUUAAACAAAGGCUGGUUAAAAAUACAAUCAUUCUCAAGAAUUAAAUGAAUAAAAGGAGAACAGGCUAGAAAACUGGUGAUGAUGAUGAUGAUCUUUUGUCCACAGACAUGUUCUGAUGAUGUCAGGUUACAUGUGUUUUCUCUCCUUAACCCUUCAAGUCCCAAUAGUGACCAACAUCAAUUUUCUCCUAACAAUAUCCAUACAAUGUCAAGAGAUUAGGUUAUGAGAAUUAAUAACAUGAUCACCUAAGAGAAAAUGCUUUGAUCUUUUAUCAAAUUCUCUCAACUCAUUCUUUAAGGAAAUGUAUAGAGAUCAGUGUGGAGAAUUUGUACAUGUAUAUUGGAGCUUAAAGGGUUAAAUGUCUAUUUUACAGGACAAAUCUAGCACAGGAAGUGAAAUGGAGGUGGAUGAUAGAGAAGCUGGUGAAUUAACAUCAAGGUAAUGUUGACUCAAAGGAAAAACUUGUGAAUGCACCAAAAAUGCAAAGAAUUACAGUGGUCACUUACGAGAAAGAUGUAUGGACACAUCUACUUCAUGGAAGAUAAUUUGUUGCAUGAAAUUUUUAAGUAACACCAUACAAUAAUGUGUAGCUCCAUGUUGUAGCUUACAAAAUUUAAAAACAAAGAAAAUUUUAAAUCUGUCAGGCCCAAAAAGUGACUGCGGUUGCUUACAGGAGAUGUCCUUUAUGAUAGGUUCUAACUGUAAGGUUUGGCUGGAGGGUGAUUGUAGGGUUGAUGUUAGCCCAUUUCAUUUCCAAGAACAUUUUGCUAUGUGUCUGUCUUCUUUGUUUCACAAUUUACUUGUUGACAUGCUGUUGGGAAUAAUAAUAUUGUUAUGGAUUUUCCUGGAAUUUUUUUGAGAUUCAAAACAUUUCUGGAACAAUAAGUAAGAAUAGAAACGUUUGUAAAAAGCGUUAUUAUUUUUUUAAUUGUUCUCUUGCAGUAGUAAUGUCCCAAUUGAUUUUAAUCUGUACAAGAAAUUUUGGGCACUACAAGACUAUUUUAGAAACCCAACUCAGUGUUACACUGCUGCAGCAUGGAAGCCAUUCACGGAUGUAAGUUUGCAUGUAACUGUCAGUGGUGUUUGUAGCCCAAUGGUAUUUAUUUUAUAGAUACUUUUAAACUUGGUUAAUACUGGAUUGUUAUCAUAAACGUAGGUUGAUGUCCUCUCCUAAAUCCAGUUUUAAUUGGCUAGAAAAGUCCAAUAAAUGUAUUUUCAAGAAGUUUUAAAAGAGAGAGGGAAUGUCAUCCUUUUUACCACUCCCUUACCAGGAUUAAUCCGGCUACUUUUAAGCUUAGACAAGUGAAGCCUACACUUCCGACUUGUAAUACUGAGUUCUUGAAAAAUUCUUUUAUUAAAAGACUUAGUUUUAAUUACAAUUUACAACCAAUGUAGCUAUUAUUAAUUAAUACACAUGAAUAUGUUCCUCAGCACAUUCUUAGUUAAUUAUCAUGUAUAAUCCAUGUAACACUUGAUACAUGUAUGUACUUUGUCAUUGAUAACAGUGACUUUUAUUAUUAUUAUUAUUAUUACUUGCUAAUUGCCAUUAACCAUUGCCUCCUAGGACACAAAGAAAAUUGAUAAUCAACCUAGGCUAAAAAAAUUCUAACCUGAAAUCAAAUUUUGUUAUCAUUAUGGUGUUUAUUAUAACAGGGUUUGUUAGAAUGUAGUUGCGAAAGUAACUGUUGCAAAGUUGGAGGACAAAAUUGUAUGUUCCUCACUUACAUUUUAGCAGCAUUGAAAUUCAUUAAAUUUGGUUUUAAAUGAGUUAAUGGACUUUGCUUGGCUCUUGACUGAUUCUUUUAUGUACAUGAGGCUAGACACAAACCUAUCACUUGUCUCAAUUUUCUGCAGAAUACAAAACAAGUCUUGAAUGUGUUUAGAAGUCACAAACUAGAGCAUGUUACAUGGAAAAAGAAGGCAUGGGACUUAAAGAAUCUUGGAGGAAGGUACAAACAGACAGUAAUACCAUAACAGCCCUGUUUACUGAAAAUCGGCCAUUUUUAGCUGAAUUGUCCCUUUCAUUGUUUAACAAAGCCCUCUAGCUUGAAGUCUUGAUUUAUCAUAAGAAUUUCUUUUAUCUUAAUAUUAUACAUGACAUUAUUUUUUCAUUUAAUUUUGUUCCCAUGUCUCCAGUUGGCACCAACUAGCAAGUCACACUUCCUACUUACUCUUGAAAACUUUUUAGUAUAUGCAUUUUGUUUCCAAUUCUAUUUCCCCUUGAACCAGACCUGUAAUUCUAAAAUGAGAGCCAACUUCAGUGUCAGGAACAGGCCCCAGUUGUUCAAAAGCUGGAUUGUGCAAUCCAUUGGGAGAAUCUUUAUCCAUUGGGCAGUGCAAUUGUUGUCUCUAAUACUCAUCCAUCGGAUAGUGAUUUAUCUGAUAUCGCUAUCCAUCUUUUGGGCAACUGGGGCCUGCAAUGUUUCUGGUCAGUAACACUGUGCUCACACUGUGGGUGAGUCCUUAAAUGUUCUGCAGUUGGUUUACAAUUGUUGGUUUUAAUUUGGACCAUUAGCCUUUAAAUACAUUGUAUUGUUGUGGAAUUGCACACAUUUUACUAAGGCAUCCUUCUGAUGAAGGGUUACAUCAGUUAAAUAAUUAUUUUGUACUAAGAGAUAUCGUUGCGUUUCAAUUUGUAUGUGCUUUCGAGAUGGGGAUGUGUGAAUGCUUCCGUGUUGUUUGUUUGAGUGCAAUUGAUGGUAAUAAUAAUUAUAAUAAUAAAAAUUGUUUUUAUUUGUUAUCUUCUUAGCAAGGAUGAGGCUCGUUAUUUUGCCAAGUUUUUGACUAAUGAGAAGGUAAUAUUUUCAUACAACUGUAGUUUAUGAAAGGGUUUUCAGAAAAGGAGUUUGAGUGGCCAAAUUCGAUCCCCACUGACAUCACAUCCUUGUUUCAACUUUUCUUAAUUCUUUGUAGCUUUAACUAGCUUUACAGGUAAAUACCCUUAAAAUGGAACAUUUAUGGAGAGAGGGACUAAAAGUAAUGAGCUCACUAUCAUCCUCAAGUUUUUCAGUUGAAUUACUGUCACAAGUUGUUGACAUAGAAUACAGGUGUAUGGUUGCGUUACCUUUUAAUAUCCUGACAAAAUUCCCUUUCCAUUAAACUCAUCGCCAACUGAUGAGCGUGGGAACUGGUGCCUUAAAAGUUAGCAGGGAAGGGCCCGAGGUAAUCCAGGCACCGCAGGGGUCUCCAUGGCAACCCAGCAAGCGGGAACCACCCCAGUAGCAGCCAUGAACAGGCGCCAGCACACUGAAACUAGUUCGGUGGAAAUACUUACCUAACCCGAUACUAACCUCUGAAGUCAAGUAGCCCCCUGGGAAGGGAGGGUGAGGCUUAUUAAUCCACAAAGAUUCACUCACAAAAGUACUGAUCGCAACGAUUGCUAGAGAGCAAGGCUGUAUGAGGUUUGCCCCUGCGAACUCCAAAGAGGCGCCCCCACAGAUCAUGUGCAAACUGGGCAAGACUGCUGGCAGCAUUAGCUCGAGAUUAACCUUGCCUAAUUUACGUUUAGCCACAAAGCAUCAAAGUUUCUCAGUACAUGUACAUUUUGAUAUGUACAUUUAAAUGUCAGCUUUUGAAAUAAUACAGUUGGCAAUGUGCAUAUUGAGGUUCUGGCCAUCAGUUAGAAGAGUGGUACAGUCAGACUCUGCUUUAUGGGCACCCAUUUAAAGGGGACAGCUCAAUAUUAUGGACAGUUUCCUUUACCGCGUAAUUUUUUGCAGGGUUUGACUGUAUGUGUAAAUUGGUUUUGUUAAUUCAGACCUCCUGACACUGUAUGUGUUUCAUUCUUUAUCCAGCUCCUUGAUCUUCAACUGAGUGACAGCAAUUUCAGGAGAACUGUAAGUCAACCAUUAUGCCUCUAGUAAAUUCAAGUUAAAUAAAUUUUUAUUAGUUUGCCUUCUUCAAGGUUUCACUGUCACUAAAGUUAUUCCUGGGGGACACUAAAUUAUCAUUUGACGGAAAAUAAUGCAUUGGGUGGCUAACCUUCAGAAAACAUUUUGCAAUGCCAUCACUGAUGUCCCAGCGAAAUGACGUCUGGCCUCAGUUGUUCAAACAUUGGAUAGUGCUAUCCAACGGAUAACUCUCUAUCCAGUGGAUAAGCAUUAACAAAACCAAUAAUUGCAUUAUCCACUGGUUAGAGAUUUAUCUGGUGGAUAGCUUUAUCCACCUUUUCAGCAACUGGGGCCUGAUGUACAACCUCAGAAAUACCAUUCUAAAGAUGCGGCACUACCCAGGAUGGGAUUUCUGUAGUCGAUCAUCAGACUUCAUUUUGUGGGAAAACCAGUGGCGACAUUACAAAAUGUUAGCUGCUUUCUCAUGCUAUAUUAGGGUGACCAAUGUAAAAAUGAUAUUACACAGUUAACCCAACACUUUAAAAAUUCACCUUUUUAAAAUCAGUUUGAACCUAAAAAAGGAAAGUGCGAUUACACACUUUAUGUAUAAUAUGACAUUGAUGCAACAAAUAGAUGAAUGGCAAUUUAGCAGCAUUCAGUCUGUUUUGGUGGACACUAACCACAAUGAAUGGACUACGUCAAAUAACAGUCCUCAGUUUUUGGUUAUAAUUUCUGUAAAAUGACACUUCCAUUAAACAUUUGUGUGAAAUUUUGAGGAGUUAGAAUUUAUCGGUAUGUUAUUAUCCUAACAGCAUAAUAGUCUUUGUUUUUUUUACAGAUUCUUGUACAAAUGUUGAUAAUUUAUCAGUACCUUGUUGGAAAUGUAAAAUUUAAAAGGUGAGUCUGCAUUCUUUUAAAGACUGUGAACUUUGCACUAACACCCACUGGUAUUCAUGCUCUUAUUGAAGCAUAUUGGCUUCAUUUUCAUUUGUUUUCUGUGAAAGUAGCCAACAGUCGUGGUCAUAACAGCAGGGAGAAAUUAAUGCCUGUCCUUUGGUGACAGCUCUAAAUACAGGGUGUCCCAAAAGUUCGUUCCUCUAAUUUCAUGCACUAUAACUUUUGAUCAAAACUUUAUUUUUACAUGAAAUUUAUAGAUGUUUAUUUCUCUAUCAAGUACAUGUGUUCAGAAUUUCAGUAACUGGCAUGCCCUUUUUGUUUUUUUUAUCACAUUCUGUAGCCGUUGCAGCAAGAACUGCGAUACAGCGUGCAGACCCACAAAUGAUCCAUUUUGAGCUUUUUUAUCAGCUGGUGCACAGGAUCCAGUUCAACCCCCAAACAAUAUUUGUUUAGUCUAGGCAGCUGACAAAAAAUUUAUUUUGGGCUUUGAUCCAAAAAAGAUAAUCAUCCCAGCCUCCUUCCACAGCAAGGCUUUUGCAAUUCUUUACAAAUUUGAAACGAGCUGGGUGUUAAUUGGCAGACUAAGCAGAGGUUUUUUAUGCCAUCUCAGGGGCCUCUAAUUUUAAACAUUUCGAACAGUUUUUCAUGACCCUUUUAUUUGGCUUCCUAACUAUGUGAGAUUGAGUUUCCUUGUCGAGUCUCCUAUUUUGUAUCUAGCCUUCUUUAAAACUAUUUUAGCUGCUUUAUUCAGGGCUUUUGGUCUUCCCCUUAGUUUCUUGCCUUCAAAACCUUCAUUUCUCCAUGAUCAUUCUACCACCCAAUAUUCGGACGUUUCCAGUCUUUUAGCAAUUUGUACAACAGAUAAGAAGUAUAUAGGCUUAUGCUCUCACGCAGCUGAACGUUUUUGCGUUAAGGGGGUUUAUUUUUCGUGAUAUUCACAAAAAACAAGGAAGGAGUUCGAGUGAUUCGGGCUAUGAAAUACAAAAAAUGUGUGGCUGGAAAAUAUACUCGCGCACAUGCACCUUUGGUGUGCAAGUAUGAAAACAAGUAUGAAAAUAGUAAAUUAUAUUGAAAGACACAACUUUUGUUGAAAUGAUUUGCUUACCAAGUCCAAUCGUUCUGAAAUACAGACUUAUAAAGUAGAGGAACGAACUUUUGGGACACCCUGUAUUAGUAGUCCAGCCAUAUGCUGUAAAAAAAUAGCUGAAUUGUGCACUUUGGGGUAAAAGCAUCAAACUCGGCACAGUGAUAGUACUAGUUGCACUAAUUAUUUUUAGCUAUGGACCCACUCAAAUAUGCACGGGGGGAGGCACAUUGUGCCCUUGGGGGGGAGGGGUCAUUGCCUUUUUGUUUUGGUCGCGAAAAAACUCAAAAACGGGAAGAAAGCGGCCUAAAAAACUUUUGCAUUCCCAUUUUCCUCAAAGUACUGCAAGGUAAUCCUAUAAAAUACCUGUUACUUACUUUUCUGAGAGAUUUUCUAAAAUUAUUUUAAAAGAGUGUGUGAUUCUUGUCACAAGGGAAAGCCACGUAGAAGCAAGUUGAGUUCUGAAGGGCGGAAUUAAUUUGAGUUAAAGCAUUACAAUCUUAUACAUGCACCCCCUGACACAUCAAAACACUUCAUUAAUAUUUUUGAGAUAACAGUUAUAUGACAGCAGACGUCUGAUAACAGUUAUAUGACAGCAGAUGUCUGCUGUUAUAUAACUGAUAAUGAGGUUAUAUACCUGUCAUAUAACUGAUAUAACUGAUGAUGUUAUAUAACAGUAAUAUAUGGUAUAUAACAGUUAUAUAACUGUUAUAUAACUGUUAUAUAUAUAACUGUCAUAUAACAGUUAUAUAUAUAACAGUUAUAUAACAGUUAUAUAUGUCAUAUAACAGUUAUAUAAAACUGUUAUAUAACAUCAUCAGUGUCAUUACUGUUAUAUAUACUGUUAUAUAACAGUCUAUAUGACAGUUAUAUAACUGUUAUAUAACCGUUAUAUAACCGUUAUAUAACAUCAUCAGUGACAUUACUGUUAUAUCAGUUAUAUAACUGUCAUAUAACAGUUAUCAGACGUCUGUUAUAUAAAUGUCAUAUAUACUGUUAUAUAACAGUUACAUGUUAUAUAACAGUUAUAUAACUGUUAUAUGACAGCGUAUAUGACAGUUAUAUAUACUGUUAUAUAACUGUUAUAUGACAGUUAUGUAACUGUUAUAUAGCAGUAUAUAUAACAGUAAUGACACUGAUGAUGUUAUAUAACAGUUAUAUAACAGUUACAUGACAGUUGUAUAACUGUUAUAUAACAGUUAUAAUAUAACUGUUAUAUAUAUAACUGUCAUAUAACAGUUAUAUGACAGUUAUAUAUGUUAUAUUAUACACUUAAUGUCAGAUUUCCUGAGGGAAACAGUUAGUUUUGUUUUCCCAAGAGUCCUGAUAACUGGGAAACAUCAGGACUCGAGGGAAAACAAAACUAACUGGUUUCCCGAGGGACCUGACAUUAAGUGUUUUGUUAUAUUUCUAGACUUUCACUCCAACGUACUUCAACAGCAACAAAAGAAUACGCUUAAGAGGAGCGAAUCAAAACAGUACGACUCGGUACUUAUAAGAACACAAAUUUAAUUCUCAAAACCACUGAAUGAAUGAUUUAAAAAGUACUUUCCUUAUAUUAUCUGCAUCUUUUUCCUCCACUAGCUGCUGUUUCUCUUCUGGGAUAACUUUGAAAAUCGUUGCUUUUUAGCUUGAGGCUUCAUGUUUGUGUUUUGUGGUUGUGUUCAUUCACGAAAAAGAAAACUGGCAGUGUUUUUCCCGCCUUCUGUCACGCCACUUUCCACCAUGCUCUGAUCACGUGCUGUAAUGUAUCCCGAGCGGGGUACAUUGCUUGAUGUAUCACGAUCAGGAUACAUUUGAUUUUAGUCAAGGCCACGUGACCAAGAAUCAGCCAAUGGCUGUCCCUGUUCAGUUGAGUGAAAGUCCAGGAAUAUAACAAAACAGUUAUAUAAAAUCAUCAGUGUCAUAACUGUUAUAUAACAGUAUAACAGUUAUAUAACUAUGAGAGUCUAUAUAACAGUUAUAUACACUGUUAUAUAACAUCAUCAGUGUCAUUACUGUUAUAUAUACUGUUAUAUAAAACUGUUAUAUAACAUCAUCAGUGUCAUUACUGUUAUUUAUACUGACUGUUAUAUAACUGUUAAAUGAGAGUCUAUAAGACAGUUAUAUACACUGUUAUAUAACAUCAUCAGUGUCAUUACUGUUAUAUAACGGUUAUACAACUGUCAUAUA